AUGGCGGCGACCCUGUGCCAGGUGAUGGGCUUUAUUCUGAGCCUGCUCGGUGUGGCUGGGAUUAUAGCCGCCACCGGGAUGGACCAGUGGGGGACGGAGGACUUGAAUGACAACCUUGUGACCUCCGUUUUCUCCUACUCAGGACUCUGGAGAUCCUGCGUCCGACAGAGCUCCGGAUUCACAGAGUGCCGACCCUACUUCACCAUCCUGGGGCUACCAGCUAUGCUCCAAGCUGUGCGGGCCCUGAUGAUAGUGGGGAUAGUUCUGGGAGCCAUCGGCUGUCUGAUCGCCAUCUUUUCCCUCAAGUGUCUGAAGAUGGGGAACAUGGAGGACAACAUCAAGGCUACCAUGACGCUGACCUCUGGGGUCAUGUUACUGCUCGGAGGUGUUUGUGGCAUUGCUGGAGUGUCUGUCUUUGCCAACCUAAUCGUUACCAGCUUCCGGUUCACCACCUAUGCAGAUGGUGGAUAUGGAGGAGGAGGAUUAAUGGGGGGAGGGUUAGGAGGACUUGGAGGAUCUCUCACUCCCAGGUACACCUUUGGCUCCGCCCUCUUUGUGGGUUGGAUAGGCGGAGCUGUGCUGGUGGUGGGCGGGGUUAUGUUGUGCAUGGCCUGUCGGGGGAUGGUUCCACCAGAGGAGAAGAGACAAAAGUGAGUCGCAUUUUAUCCACCAGAAACGGGCUCAUUCCCUCAAUAG